UCAGCGCAGUGACUGGAACUGUAAAACCGUCUCGUCCCACUCCGCGCGCGCGGGCAGAUUUACAGUGCACUUCAGCUGCACGAGACAAACAGCAGCAAUUAUCUGGCGGGAAAGAACGCGACACCAAACACGGCAAAUCAGCAUCGGAGAACAAACAAGCUUGAGAUUUCAUAGUCCGUGGUAAUUUCUAGUACAAAGAGAGAAGACGCUAAACUGAAGCUUGAGGCGCAUUGUGAUAUUAUGGAGCUGCGAAGGCUUUCGUGUUCCGGUUGAGGACGUUUGAAGGAACGGCUUUUUAUACGGCACCUCAUUUCACGGACCACUCUUCGAUGCAGAACUAGUUUAGGCUAAUUUCUGAGAAACGACGGCGGAUUUGAUUAGGUCUACCUAUCGAAAAGGACUUUUGUUUACCUCAACAAGUUUUUCCUCUUCUAAAUUACUACAUUGUGCUCUCGGAGCUUCUUUUUUUCCUCACAUUUAAGGAACGGUCUGUGAAAAGUCGCUCAGAAUGUUGACAACUCCACAUAAACGGGUAUGAAAUAAGGAACACAUUGAUUACGCCAAGAUAUCGCUUCAUCUUAAUCGUGUGAGACUGUUAAUACGCCGCAUUUAUUGCUUCCCCAACCCAUUCACGUUUAAGCCGUUUUAGGACGCCAAAAGUCGCUCGCGCGGAUGCCGUAACAGUUCUGCAGAUGUGCUCUGGUUCAGUUCUAACCAUCGUGUAGGGUGUUGAUGGAGAGCCUUUCGAAUGACAGCCGGGACAGUGGUAAUCACAGGUGGAAUUCUAGCUACAGUAAUCUUACUGUGCAUUAUCGCUGUACUGUGUUACUGUAGGCUGCAGUACUAUUGUUGUAAGAAGGAGGAGUCGGAGUCAGAGGAGGAGGAGCCUGACUUCGCCGUCACGUCUCGUAUGCCGCCGGUGCAUUCAAACCACAACAUCCUGGCGGCCACUGUCCCAACGGCAACCACUCCCAAUGGGCCUGCCCUCUUCACGCCCCCGCAGACACGAAAACUGACGCGUUCACAGACGUACUGUCCGUCCUGUACGCAUUACGACCUGCCGUUUUACCUGCAGCAGCCAGACGGCCUGCGAAAUGGCGGCGAACGCAUUAGCUACCGUAGCGUGCAUCAACAGGAUUUGGGGCUGCCCGCUCCACUGCCUGCCCCGUUGCCCACCCCGCUGCCCACCCAGCUGCCGAUGCCGCUGCCUAACUACCACAAACUAAACCUCAGCCGCUCGGUCACCAUGAGGGAGAUGUUCACGCGAAGCUGCAGCAUUAGCACUGAUGUGUAGCCAGCCAGAAUUAUAUAAUGCUAAAUGCUAAUGGCUAACUGCAACAACGCAGGCAACAGACUCAAUUCUAACUGAAAGACAUAAUUCAGCAUUUCAUAAAGCUGUAGUGCUUGCCUGCGUAAAAAACAAUGUCAACAAUGUCCUCUGGAAACUCCCAGAGUGCCGAGCUUUUAGGAAGACGGCCCAGUGUGUUUGUUCGUAACUGGAAACUAUAAAGGCAAAAAUGGGGUGAGAGCAAACAUUUGGAGACCCUCUCCCUCCCUCUGCGCAUCUAGUUCACUCCUGAAUCCCUUGUUUUGUGUUUUCGGUAAUUGGAAAGAGGAUUCAGAAAAUAAAGCUAAAGUUUUUAUGCUUUCCUUACAUUUUUUUCAAAAGACACACCAAUACACGGAAACAAUACAACGUCUUGAAUUUUUUAAUAUACGGUCUGAAUUGAAAGUUUUCAAUUGUUCAUGUAGCUCGAGACAUUUAGCUGAACAAUAACUGAUAUAACCACCGACUUUGUUUUAACAAACCAACACAUAUAGUACAACUUACGAAAAGCCCUAAGUGGGCUGCAAUAAAACUGUUGGGUCAAAAUGAUGUAAGCGUUUGAUUAUGAGGUAACAUAUGGGAUGAGAGGCAUUAUUUUUUACUGAAAUAUUAUUGAGUUACUGUAUACGAUUCUAAAUAUUAAUAGAUGUUUUCACAAUUUGCAAACUGUUUGUUCUGUUUUGGAUGUUUAAAUAAUUUGUUCUUCUUUAUUCACAUUUCUCCUAUCUAAAAAGGUACAGGAUUUUGUUUCACCUGCAUUAACGGUAUAAAGAUUUCCACAAACCUGGAUGUGAGAUGGAUAUAAGGGCCGUGGAUUCUUGAUUUCAAGGGCUACAUUUGCUCUUUCUAAACGCUGCUUGUUGGACUAUGAACAGAACAUCUUCUGCCAGAAGGGUUUUUCUAUCUCGCUCUUUCUCUCUGCUGUUCAUGCUUACAGAGGUGACAGUUAGCCUAUUUCCUGCAUUGUUGAUGUGAAAACAAGUGGGGCGUUGCACCAACUUUCUUCUUUUUAAUAAUGACAGUAAUUAUCAAGAAUAUUUGUUCUGUUUCUAGCCUGUUUGACAGUGAUAUUCUUCUCUCGCUGGGUGUGUAGCCGCACACUACAGUCCUGCAGGUGACUGACUUCUGUGAUCACCAUGUGGUUGUGUUGUGAUUUCAGAUUUCUCUCCUAGCUCUUUCUCUCAUCAGAGCCCGUUUAAAUCUCAUGCUCUCUCUCAUGUGCGCACA